AUGGCGAGUUUCGAGGAGGCUAGCUCAGCGCUUUAUGACGCCUUCCAUAGCCUCACAGCUUCGCAGGUUUCCGCUGCCGUAUUCAUCUUCUUAUUCACAAGAUGGUUUCUUCAAGGAAUCUAUCGAGUCUACUUCCACCCACUGAGCCACUUCCCUGGCCCGAGAUCUUCAGCUUUCACCCGCAUACCGCAACUCUACGCAACAGCUACAGGUAAAUUGCAUGUCUACGUUGCCAGUUGUCAUAACAAAUACGGACACGUUGUUCGCAUAUCGCCCAACGAGAUUAGCUUCACCAACUCUGAAGCAUGGCGUGACAUCUACGGCUAUGGGUCCAAAACAGGGCCUGGUUCCGCGCCUCCAAAGCACUGGGUCCGCUACGGUGAAAGUCCCAACGGCGUGGCCCCCAUACUCCAAGAUUCAGACGACGCAAACCACGCACGUGUUCGCAAGAUCUUCAGUCCGGCGUUCUCGGAACGUGCGAUCAAAGAGCAAGAGCCACUGUUCACGAAGUAUGUCAACCAGUUGGUACAGAUUCUCAAAGACGGAAUCGCCGCUAGCACUACCGAUGCUGCAACAUACGAUCUAGUCAGCCUGUAUAGCUUCACAACCUUCGACGUUAUGAGUGAUCUUACCUUCGGAGAGCCCCUUCACAUGCUCACCACAGGCUCCUACGACCCCUGGGUCCGCACCAUCCUUGGUGCCUUAAAAGCAAACUUGCGUCUUAACCUUGUUAAAGCACACUAUCCGCUCGCCGCCAAAAUCCUGCACCCCAUCAUGGAAGCCCUUUUCUCGAAGAUGCGUUUCGAGCUCUUCGACACAAACGUCAAGCGCGUUACGAAGAGGUUGGAAAAAGGGAGGCAGAGUAAGGUAGGAGUUGACCUAUGGGAUCUGGUAUUGAAUCAAGAAGAGAAGGGUAAGAGAGGGUUAAGUAGAGGAGAAAUGGACAGCAAUGCGACUACGUUCAUGGUAGCGGGUACGGAGACUACGGCGACACUGUUGAGUGGACUAACAUAUCUGCUAUUGACGAAUCCAGAGUGUCAAGCGAAAUUGGUUCAUGAGAUCAGGACAACGUUUCAAGAAGAGGCGAACAUCGAUAUGGAGUCCAUCGUGAGGUUACCCUACCUCAAGGCAUGUAUCAGUGAGGCAUUUAGGUUAUACCCACCCGUUGCAGUAGGUUUACCGCAUCUGACUCCCAGCGAUGGAUCUACUAUCUGUGGACACUUUAUUCCACCAAAUGCCUCACACAAGAUCACCGUCUCAGCAUCUCACUACGCCAUGUACACCUCUGACAGAAACUUCACCGACCCUCACUCCUUUAUCCCCGAACGUUGGACCGGCGACGCGCGAUUUGCAGAUGAUGAACGCGCAGCUCUACAACCAUUUUCUGUGGGUCCGAGGGACUGCUUGGGGAAAAAUAUGGCGUACCACGAGAUGCGACUGAUUAUGACGAAAGUGUUAUGGAAUUUUGAUUUAGAGUUGUGUGAGGAGAGCAAGGGGUGGCUUGAUCAGACCGUGUAUACGCUUUGGCAGAAGGGACCGUUGGUUAUGAAAGCGAAGUUGGCCGGAUGA